CUUCCUAGCUUCCUAUGUUCCCAUCUCUUCCAGGCUAAGAGGAACAACCCAUAUUGUUCUCCUUCCGAAGUCUUCGCACGCCUCCACUCCAAUACACAUUAUUGAGGAACGGACAAUUCGGAAAGAUUCCAUGCUUACCCGACAUGCGUCUUUUGAUUCUAGAAUUUUAUUGUUGUACAUGAACCGAGUCAAGACUAGGGCGGAUACAUAUUGACAUCCUUACUCUGUGAGCCAAGGCAGUGGAGACUAGUAGGUCCUCCACGACUGUGUAGCGAAUUAGCUUAGCAUUCUUACAGAAUGUGUAAGUGGGAUACGGUCAGCACACUUUGUAUGUGCAGUCGAUGAGGGGUCCUUUUCCCUUGACGAUGUGGAAAAUCCCCUACCAGAGUGCCCCAAGGAAAAAUUUUGAUGUCCCAACAAUUCUAGGCCCACAAGAGGUAAGCGUUUGGGGGCGCCUGGGCAAGCGAACACCAGCUGCAGAUCUGAAACUCGAUAUAAUCUCAAACUCAGAUCUAGCAAUCGUCAACGAACGGGGCCUUACAUUACCACCAAUAGCCGACUACAAACGCCUUAUAUGUUGGGCUAUCCGGCGUCAAAACGCCCCAAGAUUCUUAUGAGUUGAUUUUAUGCGACACCCAGGUUAAAGAUGCUUGAAGGUACACACAUACAUCGAAAGGGAUUCUGCGGCAUAGGUUCAGAAGAAGCAUGCAGCUGCAGUGUCUUACUUCAGAUUGUUCAGAAAAUAUUCGGGGCCCUUCCGGGUACUUCUUGUCCCCACAUACACCUUCGUAUCAUCACCCUCAGCACGGACCCCCUCAUUAGAGUGUAGGAUGGCGAGAGGCGAUCUAAGGGUAGUCAUGCAUCUUGAUCCUCAUCUGAUGAAAUCUACCUAUAAAGUUGCCUCGGGGCGUAAGUAUGCAUAGGCUCUUAAAUUCGUCGCUUCGGUUCGGCCAAAUCGGGCUACACCCGAGCAACUAAAUUUCAAGCUUUUCUAUUCCAAUGAACUGGACAGUUCUUGGUACUAUAUCUAAUAUGAAAUGCACUGCCUUCUUCUAAUGUCUUC